AUGGCUCUGUAUGAAGACCUAAAAGUGUUUAGCGGCAACGCACAUCGCAAACUGGCGAAGGACAUUUGCGCCUACUUGGACAUACCUCUUGGCAAGUGCGAGGUGUUCAAGUUCAGCAAUGACAACACCUUCGUCAGGAUACUAGAGAACAUUCGCCAGCAAGAUGUCUUCCUCGUUCAGCCCAUCGCCUUCCCCGUCAACGACCACAUCAUGGAGCUCCUGAUAAUGAUCGACGCCGCCAAGCGCGCAUCGGCGGGUAGGAUCACCGCGGUUAUUCCCUACUACGCAUACGCUCGCAGUGACAAGAAGGACCAGCCACGCGUGCCCAUCACGGCCCGCUUGGUGGCAAAUCUCAUCGAAACGGCGGGAGCAGACCGCGUGCUCACCCUCGAACUCCACGCUGGUCAGAUACAGGGGUUCUUCAACGUUCCUCUCGACGAACUCAGCGCGAUUCCUAAUCUCGCAAAUCACUUCAACGCCAGAAAUGUCAAAAGCAACAUCGUCGUGGUGGCGACGGACGCCGGAGACGCGAAGCGGGCCCGCAACAUGGCGAACAGGCUUGACGCUCCGAUCGCCAUCGUGGAGAAGGUGCGCAUCGGCAAUCAGGAGCGAGUCGAGGCUGCGACGCUAAUCGGCGAUGUGCGCGACAGGACCGCGAUCAUCGUUGACGACGAAAUUGGCACCGGCGGCACUGUCAUCGCCACCGCCGACACGCUGCGCAACCACGGCGCCCGCGACAUCUACUGCUACGCCGCUCACCCCGUUCUCGCGGGAAAGGCAACCGAGAUAUUGGAAAAGAGUACGAUCAAGGAACUGGUCGUUACCGACUCCCUGCCCGUCCCGCCCGCCAAGAUGGGGACGAAAACCAGUGUAGUAUCGGUCGCGCCGAUCUUAGGGGAGGCGAUUCAGCGCAUCCACAGCGGCACUUCCGUCGGCGCUAUGUUCAACGGCGGCGGCACGUAA